AGAAAGGUGAGGUGAAGACGUGCAGGAGCACCUCUCGCUCUCGGGGACAAACAGGCCACUCGCUGGUUCCCUCGCUCUCCUCGACUCCGGAAGCUUCCCGCGGGAGGAAUGUGCGGGUGUGCGGCCCUCGUUGCCGGAGGCCGGUUGCCUCCGCCCGCACUCCCCCGCCGGCGCCUCCGUCGAGGGGGCUCCGUCCGGGCAGAGGCCUCCCCGGGAGGCGAGUCCCAGCGGAGGAAGGUCGCCGUCGCGGGCGCCGGGUGGGCCGGCCUCGCCGCUGCGCACCACCUCGUCAAACAGGGGUACGAGGUCACGCUUCUCGCGGCAGAGAGCGGCCCAACCGAGGAGGUCGGACUCAGGGGAUUCUGGUAUCCAUACCGCAACAUUUUCUCUUUAGUCGAUGAGCUGGGGAUCUCGCCCUUCACAAGCUGGAAUAAAGCAGCUUACUAUUCUCCAGAGGGCCUUGCAGUUGAAUUCCCUAUUUUUCACAACCAGCCCCGGUUACCCGCUCCCUUUGGAGUCUUUGCAUAUCCAGAAUUCCCUAAUCUUCCUUUGAUUGAUCGGUUGACAUCAAUUCCUGUCAUAGCUGCAGUCAUUGACUUUGACAACACUGACACUGCUUGGAGGAAAUAUGACGCAAUGACUGCAAGAGAGCUUUUUAAGAUGUACGGUUGCUCUCAAAGGCUCUACCAGGAAGUCUUUGAACCAGCUAUUCAGGCUGCCCUGUUUGCUCCAGGUGAGCAAUGUAGUGCUGCUGCAACACUGGGGAUGCUGUACUAUUAUAUGCUCUCUCAUCAGGAAAACUCUGAUUUUUUGCUGUGCCGUGGGGAAGUAGAAGAAAAAAUUUUCUCUCCUUGGCUGAAGUCAUUGGAGCUGAAAGGCUUAAAAUUCAUUGCAAACAAAGUUCCAACAAGUUUGACCAUAAAUAAGGACAGUGAAUGCAUCUCUGCAAUUGUCUGUGGUGAGGAUGUAUAUGAGGCGGAUGCAUUUGUUUCAGCCAUUGGACUCUCUCCUCUACAGUCCAUCGUUAAGAACAGUCCAUUCCUACGGUCCCACCGAGAAUUCACCAAUCUUCUUCAUCUGUCCACAAUCGACAUGAUCUCUAUAAAAUUAUGGUUUGAUAAAAAGAUCACAAUUCCAAAGGUUGCCAACGUAUGUUCUGGCUUUGAUGAUUCAUCUAGCUGGACGUUCUUUGACCUUACUUCAACAUAUGAUGAUUACUACGAAGAACCAAUAACAGUUGUGGGGGCUGAAUUUCAUAAUGCUAGCCAUUUGUUACCUGUAAAUGAUGAACACAUCGUCUCUGAAGCUUCAGCGCGUCUUAUCAAAUGCAUACAAGAUUUUGAGGGUGCUACUGUGAUCCAACAAUCAGUCAGAAGAUUUCCUAGAUCUGUAGUCAACUCUCUUCCAGGUUCCUACAAGUACACAACGCGAGGAUCAACUUCCUUUCCAAAUUUAUUUAUUGCUGGUGAUUGGAUAGUCAACCGACAUGGGUCCUUCUCAAAGGAAAAGGCAUAUGUGACUGGACUUGAAGCUGCUAAUAGGGUGGUGGACUAUUUUGGCAAUGGGGACUUUGCCAAAAUAAUUGCAGUUGAAGGAGAUGAGCCUCAUAUAGAGGCAUUGCGUAGUCUCAACAGAAGGGCCAAUGAACUGAAGUCCCAAAUUCCUUUCUCAGAGUUCUUUCUCCAAUGAUGUGAUUGUUUUUUUCCAUGACAACCGUUGACCAGUGCAUAUUGCCGUAGGGGCCAUUUGUAAAAGUUUUCAGGUAGGUUAUAUGUCUCUUGCGUAUUGUGUAUGCAUGAUGCCCCAUGUUUCAAGCGAAACAUUUCCUCUUUUGUUGCAUAUUUGGUUAUCAACAAAUGUACAUACUAGUCUCAGGCUAUAACUGCCAAAGCAACUUGUUCUGAGUUAAACUUGCAGUAUUUGCUGAAACAUACAUAUAUACAACCCCGACCAUCAUGAGAUCAGAGAGUUGCUUCAGAUAUGGAGGGCCACGGGGUGCUACUGAGAUCAAGUUGACCGACCAGUAUAGCAUCGAAUAUGCCCUUCUCUGUUUCUGCACAUAUAUGCAAAUUCUGGCAUUUAGCUCAAUGAUACUGGAAGUUAUGUAUUAUGUUAGACUGAAGAUGUAUGGAUAUUUACCUGCCCAGAAGGGUGGUGACCCGCAUAGAAGAAUAUACAAGAUCACUCCAGCGCUCCACA